CUCUCUCGACACACUCCCCUUUCUCUCUCGUCUCCUUCUAAGCAUGUCAGAGUGUCUCUGCUGGCUCUCAGAGUUCGAGAGAGGACAAAACACAGACAGGGAGUUAGAGGGAGGAAAGAGGGACGGAAAGAGAUCUCUUUCACAUGGUGUGUCAUUCUGGGCUGUUCAACUGAAGCAGAAGUCAGAAAAAGGACUGACAUUUAUUUUUGAGGAUUUCUUUUAGAUUUCUGUAAGCACUCAUCCUUAAGGACCAUUGUUGAAAGAAUGAGGUCCAGGAGCAGUGGGAUGGAGGCUCCUGACAGCGGGUGCCUUCAGGUUCAACAGCCCAGAAAAGACUACCAGAAAGACAAGGAGGAAGGAGACAGUAUUGAUGAGAUGAUUAAGAAAAGUCCCAUCAUGAUGGAGAACAAGGAAGAAGAUAAAGCAGGGGAUGCUCCUUUGCAUGCAACAGCAAAGAAAUCACAGAAACCUGCAGGAGAACAGUGCAGGAAGAAAGCCGAGCUAAUGCAGCUAUCAAAAGAGGAGCUGCUUCACCUGCUGGGCAUCAUGGAAGGAGAGGUGCAGGCUCGUGAGGACAUUAUUCACAUGCUAAAGUCAGAAAGGGCGUCACCUGAAUCCCUGGAAGCUAAAUACGGCUCAGCUGCUCCAUUCAGGCCUCUGCAGGCCUUACAGAGAGAUAAGAUGCUCACCUGUAACAAUACACGUGAAGAUGACGUCUACGAGGUCCCCAUGAUGGAGCUGGACCGUUUGGAGGAGAAGCACAGAGAGACAUACAGAAGGAUGCUGGAGCAGCUCUUGUUGGCUGAGAAAUGCCACCGUCGCACAGUUAAUGAGCUGGAAUGCGAGAAGCGCAAACACAUCGACUUCAUGAACAAGAGCGAUGACUUCACUAACUUGCUGGAGCAUGAGCGCGAAAGACUGAAGAAACUGUUGGAGCAGGAGAAAGCAUACCAAACCCGUAAAGACAAGGAUCACAGCAGGCGACUAGAAAAAGUAAGAGAAGAGCUGGUAAAGCUGAAGUCCUUCGCUCUAAUGUUGGUGGAUGAGAGGCAGCUCCACAUUGACCAGAUUGAUCAGCAAAGUCAAAAGAUCAUGGACCUCAGCAAAAAGCUGCAAGAGAGAGAUCAACAUCUGGAAAGUGUCAACAACAAAUACAAAGUGGACAGUCAGAAAAUUCAGAAGUUGGAACUGGAGUUAGAACACAAAACUGCUAAGUUCUCACAGGACCAUGAGGACAUGACAUCGAAGCUCUCUUGUUUGGAGUCCCAAAACCGACAGUUGCGCACAAAGCAGGCUGAACUAUCUGGAAGAAUUGAGGAGUUGGAGGAAAGUAACAAAGCACUUAAGAAAUCCGAGGAGGAUCUGCAAGAGUUACGGAACAAAAUCAGCAGUGGAGAAUGUGGAAACUCAAGCCUAAUGGCAGAGCUUGAAACUCUCCGUAAGAGAGUGCUGGAGAUGGAGGGAAAGGAUGAAGAGAUCACAAAGGCAGAAGCACAGUGCAAGGAGCUGAGGAGGAAGUUUCAAGAUGAGGAGAAUCACAGUUGUGAGCUGAAACUUGAAAUUGAAAAGCUACAGAAAAGGAUGGCAGACUUGGAGAAACUAGAGCAAACGUUUAACUUGAGCAAAUCAGAGUGUACACAACUUCACACAAGCCUAGAACGAGAGAAGAACUUGACAAAGAACUUAACCAAGGAGCUGGAGACUGUUAAAAAUCAUGUUAAAGAGCUUCAGUGUGCUGAAUCCAGACUUGAAAAGGCAGAAAGUAGCUUAAAAGACGAUUUGACAAAACUUAAGUCAUUUACUGUAAUAUUAGUGGACGAGAGGAAGAACAUAGCAGAAAGACUAAAGCAAGAGGAGCGAAAAAGUGAGGACAUGAGCAGGCUAUUUAAGGCUGAGCAAAGCAAGGUCAUGGAAAUCACAGAGAAGCUGAUUGAAGAGAGCAAAAGGCUUUUGAAACUGAAGUCAGAGAUGGAGACGAAAGUGUCAGCGCUCACAAAAGAGAAAAAUGAACUAAGCACUAGACUUGCAUGUGAAGAAGAGAAAAAAAAUGAUCUUAUUACAAAGGUCAACCUAAUGCAAAAGAGGGUGGACUGUUUGGAGGAGGCUGAACGGAAAUCUAGAAACAGACGUGAUGUAGACAAGGCAAGAUUUGCUGAUGAAGACAACAAGGUUAAAGAGUUGACAGAGGAGAUUGAUAGGUUGAAGAACCGUUUGAAGCAGCUAGAAGUUGUUGAGGGUGAUUUGAUGAAGACAGAGGAUGAAUAUGACAUGCUUGAAAAGAAGUUCAGAACGGAGCAGGAUAAGGCCAAUGUCCUUUCUCAGCUGCUGGAAGAAAUGAAGUCACAGAUUGCCAGAAACAAAGCCAUUGAAAAAGGGGAAGCUGUGAGCCAAGAAGCUGAACUAAGAUUGAGGUGCAAGAUGGAAGAGGCCAAAACCAGAGAUUUGCAGGCAGAUGUUCUGGCUCUUAAGGAGAAGAUUCAUGAACUGAUGAACAAGGAGGAUCAGCUAUCUCAACUUCAGGUUGAUUACACAGUUCUACAGCAGAGGCUCAUUGACGAGCAGGAUAAAAACAAAAAUAUGAGCCAACAGAUCUUAAACCUCACCAAAGAGUUAGAGGUGACUAAGCGAUACAGCAGAGCACUACGACCGAGCAUGAAUGGAAGGAGGAUAGUUGAUGUCCCUCUUACCUCAACAGCUGUCCAGACAGAUGCACAUGCUAAUGAAGCUCUUGAAGAAGAGACUCCAGCAGUAUUCAUAAGGAAAUCAGUUCUGGAAGAAAAUCAUGUGAUGAGCAAUUUGAGGCAGAAAGGCCUUAAAAAACCAGCAGUGCUAGAACGUUAUCCACCUGCGUCUACAGAACUAGGUAUGAAAAAAUCAUUGAUUCCCUGGAUGAAGAAGAAAGAAGGAAGUAUGGACGCACAGGAUGGCUUAGACAAGUUAACUUAUAAAGUUAAUGGUGAUGUGUCACCUCAGCCACCAGAGUUAACCAUGUCACCAAAACCAGGUCGCCCACUGCAUAUAAGGGUGACUCCAGAUCAUCAAAACAGCACUGCAACAUUGGAGAUUACUAGUCCUCGUGCUGAGGACUUCUUCUCAAGCACUACAAUUAUCCCUACUUUAGGGCUGCAGAAACCACGCAUAACUAUAGUCCCUAAACCAAAUACUGUGUCACCAAAGGGCAGCUAUGAUGCAAUGGACAGGACCAAGUCUCCAGUGACUAUUACGGCCAUUUCAAGAGCCAAAUCCCCAGAUGGAAGCAAGAUUUCCUACCCUGACUCUCCAAGUUCUCCUGUCUCAGUCAUUACAGUUAGCACCAGCCCAGUGAUGCAGGCACCUAUCUCACCAGAACCUCAGGAGAACUCAAGCAUGGGCAGAGCUGUGUUUAAGGUAACUCCAGAGAAGCAGACUGUGCCAACACCAGUCCGCAAAUACAACUCCAACACCAACAUUAUAACAACAGAAGACAACAAAAUCCAUAUUCACCUAGGAAGCCAAUUCAAGAGGACUCAGGACUCUGGAAGCAGUUCCACACUCACAUUAAGGCCUUUGAGUGUAUCCACAGAGAACAAGGAGACAGCCACUACGGGGACUGUCCUGCGUUCUCCUCGACAGUCUUCAACUUCUUUAGGGAAAUCCACACCUGGCAAGAUGACAAGUAGCAUCACAAUAACCCUUACGUCUGCUCCUUCCAGGCCAACCCAAUCGGUGUCCGGGACGGAUGUGCAGUCAACUCGGACUUGCUCAGCAACACGAAUCCCUAUGUCAAAAGGUAUGAAACCAGGCAAAACUGUAAUGGGUCUCUCCGCAGUGUCCAGGAUAGAGUCUCGAGCUGAAAGCCAUUCAAUGAAAAUUGAACUGAGGAAGUCUGCAGUGAUCAGUUCAUUGUCCCCAGUGGGGGGCAAGAGCUGAGCUUCUAGCAAUCUGUAUUAGCUAAAAUGAAUUGAUCUAUGCAGUACAGAGCCACUGAUGUACCUGAUUAUUUUAGUUAGAUGUAAGCUCGUAAUGACUCUCUAUUGAAGCACUUGCAGAAACCAGGUAUUAUCAUUAUCUCUGUUUUCAAAAAAUGUGAUUGCGUUUGUAUUUUAAGAAUAUGGUCUGGAAACUAUAAAGUAUGUAUAUAGUAUUGUAUAUACAUACUAGUUCAUGUAUAUAGUGUUGAAACUUGAACAUACUGAACAUACGGUUCUUUGGUUUGAAUGCAACAUAAUUUCUCCAACUAGAGCACAAUGUUAGGCUACUAACCCCUUGGCUGGGUUUUUAUUUUCUUAAUUUUCUUCUCUUAUCAUUUAAUUCCUUGUUCUGCUUGACAUGAUAGUUGCUAGUGGAGGUUUCCACAAAAAAAUGCAUAUUUAAUAUUAUCUGUCAUUAAUUAAUUUGCACCAAGCCUAAAUAAAUGAAAUUUUUCCAUCCCUCAA